AUGUCUUUGAAAACCACAGCAACCAUCGCUUCAUUUGGCGGCAAGCUUUUGAAGCUCACUCACGAUGCUACCACCACUGGCUGUGAAAUGGCACUGAACCUUUACCUCCCACCAAAUGCCGGAGCCACGCAACAAAAAGUGCCUGUUCUCUUCUACCUCUCUGGCCUUACCUGCACAGGCGACAACUGCGCCGAGAAAGGUUUCUUCCAAUAUGGUGCAAGUCAAAAAGGCAUAGCAAUCGUCUACCCAGAUACCUCACCUCGCGGGCUCAAGAUCCAAGGCGAAGACGAUUCCUACGAUUUCGGAUCUGGCGCCGGUUUCUACAUCGAUGCGACAGCCGAUCCUUGGUCCAAGAAUUAUAAAAUGGAAUCAUACAUCACAUCCGAACUGCCCAAAGCACUCUUCUCUUCGUUUCCCGAACUCGAUUCCUCGCGUGUCUCUAUUACAGGCCAUAGUAUGGGUGGACAUGGAGCUCUCACAUUGUUCUUGAAGAAUCCGGGCAUGUAUAAGAGUGUUAGUGCGCUUGCACCAAUUGCGAAUCCGAGUAAUUGUCCUUGGGGAGAAAAGGCAUUUAAGGGAUACUUGGGAGACGAUAAGGAGAGCUGGAAGAAGCAUGACGCUACAGAGUUGAUUAAGAAGUGGAAGAGCAGCUUUGAUACUUUGAUUGAUGUUGGGACUGGUGAUAAUUUCUACAAGCAGAAGCAGUUGCUACCAGAGAACUUUUUGGAGGCUGCUAAGCAGAGUGGGAAUGAUAAGGGUAUUGUGUUAAGGAUGCAACCUGACUAUGACCACUCUUACUAUUUCAUUUCGACAUUCGCGACAGACCACGUCAACCAUGCUGCGAAGUACUUGUUUUAG